AUGUCUGUGUGUGAAUGUGGUAAGACGGAGCAGCAGUUGACCCCCACAGCAGCCACGCUCACAGCCACUGGCGACGCCUCAGUGAAUGCUGCAACAGCCACGCUCACUCUCACGCCCGCCCAGCCGUCCAAGGCUGGCAGUGUGUUCCUGGCAGCGCGCGUGCCGCUCUUCUCCUACCAGCUCAUCGGGGACACCUGCGGCCGCCAGCUCGCCUUCUCCUCCUCCUACUCCUUCACUCUCAUCCGCCCUGCUGCCUCCGGCUCCGAAGGCUUUGCCUUUGUGGUGGCCUUUGAUGCCACCCCGCCCACAACACCGGUGGCGGGCGGCAUGGGGUAUGCGGGGAUGGGAGCGCGCAGCGUGGCAGUGGAGUUUGACACGUCGAUGGAUGCGGGCAACAGCGACCCUGACAGCAACCACGUGGGCAUCAACACCGGCGGCAAUGUCACGUCGGUGGUCACAGCCAAGCCUAGCACCCCUCUCAAUGACGGCACGCCCAAGCACGUGUGGAUCGACUACGACCCUUCCUCCACUGGCUCCCUGCGCGUCUUCCUCUCCUCCCAGGCGUCCCCUCGCCCCACCACCCCCCUCCUGUCGGCACGCAUCUCCCUGUGUGAGGAGCUGGCCCCCUCCCCAUCGGAGUACACCUUUGCCAUCGGCUUCACUGCUGCCUCCGCCGCCCAGCCUCAAAGCCAUGUCGUCUCCACCUGGACCCUCUCCACCUGUGAGUGCACCUCUCCACCUCCAGCUCCAGUUGCAGCGCGGGGCUUUACCUUCAGCGAGGCGGCGCUCUCUCUGUCGGGGGUGAAUCUCUUCUUCCGCUAUGCCAGCUCCGGCAGUGUUGCUCCUGUGGGUGGCAAUGACGUCCGGGCUCGUGUUGAGCUGGCUAGGCUCAGCCCUGGGUCGACCCAGACAGGCGACUGCUGGGCGUACGCAGUGGUGGGCAGCGUGGAGGCGGCGCUGGGCAUUCUCGCCAACACCUCAGCGGCGCCGGUGCUGUCAGUGGAGCACCUGAAGGCCGCCAUGAAGGUCAGCUGCUCUGGCAGCACGCCCUCUCAGGCCUUCCAGCUGCUGCUCAAGCUGGCAAGCAAGGGAGGCGGGCUCGUGUUGGAGAGCCAGUGGGCGGUCGAGAAGGGCAAGAAACCUGUGAAGGCAGGCAGCAGCAAUCAUUUCUUCUCCCCGUUGCUGAAGCCACUGGCCAACGUGUUCGGUGUGUCGUGCAGCAAUGGCACGGCCAGUCUAUGUGAGGGCUUUGAGUCGACGUCCUUCUAUGGCUGGUUUGGGCUGCUGCUGGCUGUGCAGCGGCAGCCAGUGGUGGUGCACAUUGAGGCUUCCGCUGACAUGUCAAGAACUAUGAUGGGCAGAGCCGCCCGCAAUGAUAGCACUGGUUCCCUCUUCAAUCCCUGCGGCAAGUUCACCUGCAUUGCGAAGGGCAAGACAAACGAGUGUGACUGCAACGACCCGCGCUUCAUCCAAGCAACCAACGCCGAUGGCUCUCGCACAUGCGCCUACAGUAAGCCUCUGCUGCUGGCUGCCUACGCCCUCUUAUUGCUCUCUCAACCAGUUUGUUCCCCCAUUCCUCAUUUUUGCUCCCUUCAGCUCUCCUCCCUCCGUCCCUCCCUCCCCUUCUUUUCCUCCUCAACCCUCCCGUCCGCUCUCCUCUCUCCACUGCGUCUCUCAUCAGAGGAUGCAUGCAAGGCAGCCCAGCGCAAUCCGUGUGCGGUGGGGCAGUGUGUGAAUGACGGGGCGGGGUCGUACUCGUGUGUGUGUCCACCGGGCUUCAGACAGGGCACCACCGUCGAUGGCACCUUCUCCUGCGCUCCAGGUGACACCAACACCACCUACACCGUGCUCUCUCCCAACGUCCGCUGCUCCGAUGUCUUCCCGGUCUACGGCCUCACGCUCGCCGAAUUCCAAGCCCAGAACCCAUCUGUGUCGUGUGCAGCACCCAUCCCACCCUCCACUGUGCUCAAAGUGGCCAGCCCAGCCUCUCUCAUCCCCUGCUCCGUCUUCUACACCACUCAGCAGGGGGACACCUGUGCGGACCUAGCGGUGUACUUCAAAGUGCACUGGUCCUGCCCAUCUGCCAGCUGCCUGCCAGCCUUCCAGGCGCUCAACCCCAGCUUGGACUGCGAUGCCAACGGCGGGCUGCUGCAGCCGGAGCAGGCGGUGUGUGUAGAGCGCAUAAAGAAGAAAGUGGGGCUCAUCCCGGUGUGCUCGCAGUACUACCUGGUGCAGAGCGCAGAGACGUGCGAGUCCAUCGGCAAUGUGCCCUACCCCCCUCUGAGCCCCGUUGACUUCUUCCGUCUCAACCCCGGCAUCAAGUGCAACCACCUCGUUCCAAACACUGACGUCAAUGGCUUCACUGGCUUUGAGGCAUGCAUUGCGAGCUCUACGUCGUACACUCAGGGCACGUGCCCGCGUGCGAACGCGUAUGUGGUGGGGACAGGCGACAGGUGCACGGCCAUUCAGGUGAAGUACUUCCGGGGCAUCAAGGGCUGCUACAGGAAAGUCAACGGAUACGACUGCAUCGACAAGCUCGUCAAAUCAACCCGCGUGUGCCUGCCUGACAAAAUCAAGCUUCAGAAAGGAGUCUGCGACAAUUGA